AUGAAGUUCCCUCACCCUCAGCUCCAUCUUCGCGUCGCACAGUCGCAGUCUACAUUCGCCAGUGGCAAUGCGCGCUGGACGAAUCUCGACCUGGACCCUGUUCCCCGCGCUGGGCGACUCUGGGGUCCUCUUAGCUUUCUCGCAUACUGGAUCUCUGACGCCUUCAACGCCGCAACCUGGCAGUUCGCAUCGAGCAUCAUCGCCGUCGGCCUCUCCUGGCGCGAAUCGCUCGGUAUCGUCGCCCUCUCCUUCUUCAUCAUCUCCUUCGUCAUCGCUGCCAAUGGCGCCGUCGGUUCAAUCUACCACAUCCCCUUCCCCGUUAUUGCUCGCGCAAGCUGGGGCUUUUGGGGCUCGUACAUCGCCAUCCUAUCACGUGUGAUCCUCGCCGUCUUCUGGUUCGCGAUCCAGAACGUCAACGGUGCAAAUGCUAUUAAGGCGAUGAUUGGCGCGAUCUGGCCUUCAUUUUUGACAAUGCACAAUGCGAUCCCUGAAGACCAGGGCAUUGAGUCGAAUACGAUGGUCGCGUACUUGAUUUUCUUCCUCGUGCAGUUCCCGUUUCUUUGCGUGCAUCCGAACAAGGCGCGUUGGCUCUUCGUUGCGAAGAGUAUUAUUGUCCCCGUGGCUUGGAUUGCGAUCUUUAUUUGGGCACUUGUCGUUGAAGGGCCGGGACCGGUUUUUGACCAGAAGCCCUCUGCCCAGGGGAGUCAGUACUCUUGGGUGUUUUUGGCUAGUAUGACCUCUGUGCUGGGGAAUUAUGCUACUCUUAGCGUUAACCAGUCAGACUUCUCCCGCUACUCCCGCGUCUCCCCCAAAUGGCAACUCCUCUACAUCCCCCUUCUCCCCAUAAUCUUUACCUUCAUCUCCUUCAUCGGCAUCGUCGCCUCUUCCGCAGGCUGGUCGCGCUACUCAACCCCCUCCAUCCCCUGGGACCCCCUGGUGCUAAUAAGCUACUGGUCUAGCCGCGCUGCGCGUUUCUUUGCCGCAUUCUCCUUCGCCCUCGCCUCUCUCGGCGUAAACAUCAGCGCGAAUUCCAUCUCCGCCGCAAACGACCUGAUGGCCUUGCUACCGCAGAACGUGAAUCUCCGACGUGGCCAGAUUAUUUGUGGCAUGCUGAGCUGGGCGCUUGUACCCUGGAAGAUCCUUGCCUCGGCUGGCAACUUCCUGAACUUCAUGUCUGCUUAUGCGGUCUUCCUCGGCCCCAUUGCGGCGAUCAUGCUCUGGGACUUUUGGCUGGUGAAAGGGAUGAAAUAUGAUACGCUUGCGCUGUACCAGCCUGAGAAUCCGGUGUAUCGGUAUGGGAGUAGGUGGUUGGUGAAUUGGCGAGCAGUCGUGGCGUUCCUUGCUGGUGUUGUUCCCUCCCUGCCUGGACUGAUUAAUUCCGUCAAUGAGAAGAUUGGAGUGGGGAAGGGCAUUCAUCCGUAUCAGUUUGGGUGGUUGUUGGGGUUUGUAGGGACGAGUGUGGUUUAUGUUUUCCUAUCGUGGGCGUUUCCGGUGAAAGAGGCGUUGGUCGAUAGGGCGAUUUUGGCGGAUGAGGUUUAUGAGGCUAGGGAGGUGGACGGUUUAGAAGGUGGAGAGAAGCACAAAGCAGGUCCAUGA